AUGGUGGCAUUAAACGACUUGCCCUCAGCUUAUAAGUAUCUUAGCGCACAGGUAAGCUUAACUCCUGCUUAAAAAGUUUCGUCCCGUUCUUUAUUUAGAAAGGAAAUCUUGAGUUAUAUUCUCCUUAAGAAGAGGUCCUUGCUUGAAGUUUAGUUUCAGUAAACGUGAAAUGUUGUUUCCACAUAAGCUUAAGCGAAAAUUUAAGCUCGGCCCAUCCUCUUUUUUUUCUCCGUUUACCGUCUUCCGACCGACCCCAAUUUUUGGCAUUUUCACCAUUUUACACCCGGAUUUUACACCAUUUUUCACUUGAAAUAAUUCUUUUAAUCUGAAAAAUGAGCAUAGUUAAAGCGUAGAGAAAAACAGGAACAAAAACAUGAACAUUUUUUACAGUGUAUUGUACAUUUUGUUAAUCCCAAUAUGUGAAUGUUAACUGUUAAUGUCGUCCUUGGGUACCAGGGCCUACUAUUCCGACACUUCUUGUAAUUUUUUUUUUACGUUUUUUUUUUCAAUCCGACCCACCGAGCCAAUAUCAGGAAACGCAUUGGACGGUAAACGAAGAAAAAAAAGGGGAUAGCCUUAUGACAGAAGCGGGAAAUUAAAGUUAAUUAACAGUUAAUGAAUGAGGCUGAGUAUCUUAAGAAGAAUUAUGGAGAUCUCCAAGAUCUCCAUAAUUCUUCAGAUAUGAAAGCCGAAUUCAAUAAUUGUUUUAUUAUUCAUUCAAAAUAAUUCCUAGUUUAAAAACUUAGCUAAAACAUGCUUACCUCCAUUGAUCCAUCGAUGUUCAGUUCAUCUUCGAUGCUGUACGUUUAGGUUCGUCCAGCUCCGCAAAUAUUCUCCAAAUAGCAGAUGUCGCCCUCCGAGUUGUCUCCUUGCUGUUUUUGCUAUGUUUUUACUUCGCCUAGUUCCAGCUGUAGUUCUUACUCUUGAAAUGAGUGAAGUGUCGGCCAUUUUUGUUUUCACAACCAAAACAACUCAACCUUGUCCCCAGGUCUUCUCGGUUAAUGGUUCAUUAACCUGUAGAAGGCUCCAUUUUUGACGUCAUUUCCUCGUUAAACACAAAAUUCUUCCAAAUUUGGUCAUCUGUAAGUGGUAAUGGUGAAUUAAACUUGUGCUUUUAGCCAGUCCAUUACGGAACGGCGCCUGUAGAUCCGUGUCGCCCGCAAAAUCGCGGGUCCCAUGACUAUUUGCGCGCUCACAAAGGGAGCCGAUGCAUGUCGCAUCCUUUGAUUCAAGGCUCAAGUGUUAGGGUAUUGUUUCCACAAUACAAAGGUAAUUUAACUUAAGAAAAUCUAUAGAUCGAAGCUUUCGCGCAACUCUCUGUUUUAUAAGGAAAUGCAAACGCUCAACUUGAUAAAUAUUUUGACUUCAUAACAUAUUUUAACGAUUUGGGCCAGCAGAAUGUAUAGAAUUCCAGGAAAACAAUUCGGGAAGCUGAACGGUUUUGAACUGCGCUAGAAGUUAUUUUUAUCAGUAUGCAAAUCACCUACCCAAUCACUUACUUUCCAUCGAAUUGAAAUAUCCUGACUUUUUUUUACCUCUUUUCGAUUUGAUUCAUUUCAUUUUAUAUUAUUUUGUGCAAGCUGAGCUCUUUCAUGCGAAUUUACGCUUUCAAAAGGAAAAAAACUUUGAGGAAACGUUGUGUUUACAACCACGGCAAUUUGUAUUCUAUUUCGCUUCACUUAUGCUUAUAUGCAAAUUACUGUUAAUCCGCCGGAUUUCGCUGGAGACAAAAAUAUCGAUUUUGAAUUCCCAAAUGCUUGCCUUUUGGGGCACCCCUUUUAUUUUGGCUGUCAAGAUUUUAAAAGCUAAGCUUCAGACUUUUCAUUCCAACGUUUUAAUGCGGAAAAGCUAGGAGAAAUGCUCCAACUGAUUUAAGUCACGCAACACGCUUUAAGACCGCAUAACUUGAUCUUUCUGUUAUCUUCUGUUCUUCUAUUGUCUCCAAAACAAUAACGAUGUCUUACCAAUUUCCACCUACAAAUAAUAGGACACAUUUGAUUGACAGAAAAAUUUGCAUUUACUAGCGACGCGUAUCUACAGGCGCGAUUCCGUAAUGAGAAUCAGGGAAAUAUUUUGAAUGAAUAAUAAGGUGUUUUUCAUUACAAUCUUCAUUACUUUACGUACAAUUAUCUUACAGUCAAACUGAAUUAAACCAAAGCUCCAUCAGGAGCGCAUCACUUGGAGCCUCCAUCUUCAUGAAUUUUUUGAGCCAACCCCUUUCCUGAGUAGAUUUACAAAUUGAACAACAAGAGAAGUUUAAGGUGUACCAAUGACGGCGUGAAAGUGAGGGACAUCCCCAGUCUCUGGGAAUUGGUGUCUUGAUGUGGGAUGAAAUAAAGGUUGGGGAAGAAAUGUUAUUACUUUUCACAUUACAAGGUGACGCUGUAAUCCAAGAAAAACAAAGAGCAACAGUUAGGUGCCAGGGACCUCCAGGCACUGCAAGCACAUAGUCUUGCAUUAUGAGACCACUUGCAGUUUAUAAUAUGUUGUAUAAAAAGAAAUCACCAAUAAGAGGAGAUCAUAAAGUGUACGUUUUUGUAAUAUGUUUGGUUCCUUCAUUACUGUUGUGAUGAAAUUCGCAUUUUUUUCUUUCAUGUCCAGAUGAAAGUAGCCUGUGUCUCCUAAAAGGUGGAAGAAUAUCAGGUUUCACUAUGGCCCAUGCUGAGUUGCCUGUGUUGCAUGAUACUUUCACAUCAACCAUUGCAAGUGAGUGCCAGAAGACUAGCUACAUAGUGCAGUUUGACCUGAUUGGACCUUAUUUUCCUGUUCCAAAAUCUGUGGAUUCAAAUGUCAAGAAAGAAUUUUUCAUGCUGUGCCUGAAGAAGAUCUUGUGUGGAUUUCCAUAGACAACACCCCCCAUUGAUGAGGUGGCAGCAGGUCAGAGAGCUCAGUACUCUGUGGACAUGUUGUUUACCAACCCUGAGCAUGCUAUGGGAAAUCCAAUGUUUGCAAUGCUUUGCCCAAGUCAUCAG